UGAACGCGGUAGGCAAAUUUGGUGGUGGUGGUAAAUAUAAAUAAAAGUGAUAAAUUACUCUUGGCAGUUUGCAUUUAUAUACUCUGAAAUAGCACUAAAGUUUACAAAAAUGUUAUACAGUCUUACGUCGUGAGAAUUUAAUUAUCAUUACGUUGUUGAUUUUGCUUUACAUUCAUGUAUUUUGAAGUAAUAGUCGUAUCUAGUCACGUAACUACGUAGUUACUUUAUCGAUAGGUUAUGUUUUGAUUCUGCAGAAGCGAUAAAAAUAGUGUUUACCGGUGACUAUUUUUCGAAAAGCAGUAAAAAUGAGUACUUCUCUCUCAAUUAUGUUGAGGAAGGGACAUAGGCUAUUAAAUAGAGGAGCUUCAAACUAUUUGUUUGGACGGAGCAUCAUCACUGAAACGUUGCCGCUUAGCGCAUCGGCAAAAUCCUCGGAAAGGACACACACUUGUAACGAACUGAGUCUGGCACUUGUUGGACAGCAAGUUGCACUGUGUGGUUGGAUGCAGCGAAAAGCAACACCACAGUUCUUGGCUUUUCACGAUGGAUACGGCCGAACUCAACUAGUCAUUCCUGAAAAUAACGUUGGGUUAUUGAAGAAACUUGAAAAUAUUCAUGACAGUUCAGUUGUUAUGAUAAAAGGAUUGGUUUGCAACUCUCAAGUACAUCAAGUUGGAUUGAAUAAUGGAUCAGCCGGAUUAGAAAUAGCCGUCAGUGAUGUAUCUGUGAUCGAUGAUGAUGCCCUGCAUCAUAAGUAUAAUGAAGAUAAUAACAACGAUGAAGAUGCUCCGACCACGCAGAAUCCGCAUGCACCCAUUUCAUUUCCUGGCGUGAAUAUUUACACUGAGCGAACACACACGUGCGGUGAACUGCGCGGCUCGGACGCGGGAGCUGAGGUUGUUCUCUGCGGAUGGCUGCAGUUUUUAAGAAUGAACAAAUUUGUCACCAUCCGCGAUAGCUAUGGUGUCACACAGAUAUUGAUACCCGAAGAGCUAGCAGAAGAGGCUCAACUUCUAGUAAAGGCUCCGAUGGAGAGUAUAAUUCGAGUUAAGGGUGUGGUUGCUACAAGACCACCUGCUGAGGUUUCUCCUAAAAUGGCGACGGGCGAAAUCGAAGUGAUCCUGAAAGAGGUGGCCGUUUUGAACGAGGCGAAAUGCAAGCUGCCCGUCCAGGUGCGCGAGUUCAACAGAGCAAAGGAGCACGUGCGUCUCAAACACCGCUACCUCGAUCUGCGCUCGCCCGCCAUGCAGAGGAAUCUGCGCAUGCGCAGUAAGAUGCUAAUGCGCAUGCGUGAGUUCCUAGUUGAUCAGCGGGAGUUUGUCGAGGUGGAGACGCCGACUUUGUUCAGGCGAACGCCAGGUGGCGCUAGGGAGUUUGUGGUGCCGACCCACUCUCAGGGCGAGUUCUUCUCAUUAGUGCAGUCACCACAGCAACUCAAACAGAUGUUGAUGGCUGGAGCUAUCGACCGAUAUUUUCAGGUGGCGAGAUGUUAUCGGGACGAGUCGACGAGGCCGGACCGUCAGCCGGAGUUCACCCAGCUCGACCUCGAGUUGUCGUUCACCGACCGCGAAUCGGUGCUUGCUCUCACAGAGGACGUUCUGCGAUUCGCCUGGCCCGACACGUUUGCGCCGCUCGUCACGCCGUUCCCACGCAUCACCCACCGUCAGGCCAUCGAUCUCUACGGCAGCGACAAGCCGGACACCUCAUUCGACAACUUCAUUCAGGAUUUCACUGAUCUCACCAAUCAUCAACCGAUUGUCCCGCGUCUCAAAUGCCGGGCUCUAGUCAUAUCAGAUGGUGCUAAAAACUACACUACUUCAGUACGAAACAAAUACGAAGCAUUCUCGCGUACCACCUACCCCGAUAUUAGAUUCCUCGCCAUAAAAAUCACCAACGAUUGGGAAACUGUUUUCAAGAAAGCUGUGCCCUCCUGUGAAGACCCGACUCUACUCCAGCAACGACUAAACUUCAAUGUGGGUGACCUAGUUUUCGUAGCCAUUGGGGACAUUGAUAGGGCGUCCACGUUGCUGGGCAAGUUACGCCUCGAGUUUGUGGAACCCAACUUGGAGGAAAGUUUCAACUUUUUGUGGGUGGUAGAUUUCCCCAUGUUUGAAGUCGACGGGGAGGGAAAGCUGGGUUCGGCGCAUCACCCCUUCACUCAACCCCACCCGGAGGACCUCCAUUUACUAGAUAGUGAUCCCCUGAAAGUGCGUAGUCUUUCCUACGACCUGGUGUUGAACGGCUGUGAGGUGGGCGGUGGAUCUAUACGUGUACACAAUUGUAAUCUACAGAAAUACAUAUUGAAAGAUCUUCUACGUGAAGAAACAGACCGCCUGCAACAUUUGUUGGAUGCCCUAGAGUCGGGAUGUCCGCCACACGGAGGGUUGGCGCUGGGAAUCGACAGGCUGAUGUCGAUUAUGACCGGGUCUGAGUCGAUUCGUGACGUCAUCGCGUUCCCGAAGGGCGUCGACUACAAGGAUCAUCUGUCGGGAGCUCCGUGUGACAUCUCGGCGGAGGAUCGCAAGUAUUAUCACUUACCUGAGGUGUCUGUGGCCGCUGAUAGUCAGCGGUUGGCUAAAAAAGUUGUGGAACAGUAGACUGUUCCAAGUUUCUUGUAAAAAAUCGGCCCAGAGUUGACGUAAUUAGGUCGAUUCAAAAGUUCAGUAUUUGUAAACGCUACUGCAGGCUAUAGAAGGUGCAAUCGACAUUUCAUAAAAACCUUGUUGAAUAGUAGACUGUUGAAGGUUGUAGUGAAAAGGUCGGUUCAGUAUUUCUAAACGCUACUCCAUGGUAGAGAGAGUUUAGGCACAAGAAUAAGGUCCCGAUCUGUAAACGCUACUGCAGGCUAUAGAAGGUGCAAUCGACAUUUCAUAAAAAACCUUGUUGAAUAGUAGACUGUUGAAGGUUGUAGUGAAAAGGUCGGUUCAGUAUUUCUAAACUCUACUCCAUGGUAGAGAGAGUUUAGGCACAAGAAUAAGGGCCCGAUUUGUAAACGCUACUGCAGGCUAUAGAAGGUGCAAUCGACAUUUCAUAAAAACCUUGUUGAAUAGUAGACUGUUGAAGGUUGUAGUGAAAAAGGUCGGUUCAGUAUUUCUCAACGCUACUUCAUGGUAGAGAGAGUUAAUUCACAAGAACAAGGGCCCGAUUAAGCAGCCAAAUGUUUGAUCAUACAUUUACGCAUGAUUUUUAACCAACUUUUAUCAAAGGUUUGUUUCUCCAUUGAACCCGUGUUGAAUCGAUCAAAUUAUGUGUUUACUAUACACGAUAAAAUAUCAAUGAUCUGAUGUAUGGUAUGACCGUGUGAAGGGUUCCUAAGGUUGAAAUUGUAGCGGCAUAUGGAGAGUUUAGUGACUUAUAGCCUCCUAAUCAACCCAUGACCAUGGGAAGGGUCCCUAAGGUUGAAAUUGUAGCGGCGUAUGGGGAGUUUAGUGACUUUUACCCUCCCAAUCAACCCACCUACGUUAGCUUCUGUUCGAGUUGUACAGAGUAUUGUGAAGUUUCUUUUUGAAAAGUGAAUUUUUUUAAAUAAAAAAUUGAUCUGACUUACUUGAACAAUCACCAUUCUUUUGAGCAUUCAAGUUUAAUGUUUCUUUUUUUGUAUAAGAUUCAUUUCAUUUCAAGACUUCAGGCCUUUCCAACCAAGACCUAACCUUAUCAAGUAAUUUUGGAAAAGAAGCCUUAUAUAAAUGAAUUUCUAAUAAGGGUUUGUAUACACAAAUAUGUUUCUAAAACAAUCAAAUUCAUUGAUAUAGAAAUGUAAAUUGAAUAAAUACAGUGAAAUAAAAAUUCAAUAACGUGUAUUCUUUAUUGAUUCAUACAAUAAGUACAUCAUCAAAAUGAUAGGGAGAGAAAAAAUGAGAUAACCUUGUGCUAUUCCUCUCCCAAAUUUAGAUAAGGUUACUCAUAGUCCGAAAUUAAGUCUUAUAAAUAGAAAUAAAAAUCUCAAGUGAUAUCACUUGAAAAUGGCAUGAGUAUUGAAACAAGUUGUGAUGAAAUAAUUCAAAAAAGGGUACUGAGAUUUUUAUUUAUAUUUAUAUUACAAGAGUAGCCCUAAACAGAAAAGAGGUAGUGUUCACUUCACAAAAUUUUCGGUUCUUAAUUAUUUUCACAAAGUAGAUAAUAAUCAAUAAUUUUCAAUCGGUAACAUACAUUCAAAAAUGCAUAAUUUACGCUAGAAUGUAUUAGUCCUGUAUAGAUGCUGUACCAAAAUACAGAUUCUCAAUGUUGUAUUGUAUGUUACCAAUAUUCACAAUCCUCUGUACAAAACAUUAUAUUAAUACAAUGUGACUUAUUGUGCAAUAUUAUUCCCGAUGUACCUUCUUAGGUACAAUAAUAAUUAUGUAAUUUUGUAGGAUAGAAUAACUAUAAACUAUUUGACAAUAACGUUCCUCUGUCAGGCCAGUUUUUAUGUAUUGUCUUGUCUAGUAAUUGCAUAGAUUGCUAUGUUGUUAAAGACAGAUUAUUCAAAUUAUCCCUCCUUUUAUUGUAUAAUCAUUGAUGAUCAGGUUCUCAUUUACUUUUAUCUAUCAUCCUUUUCAUCUCAUAUUUUGUAAGCAUUACAAAAAUUUGUGACAAAAUGCUUAAACAUUUCAUGACAUUAUUAAUGCAACUAUAUAAUAUGAAAUACAUUAAUAUGUUAGCAGAAGUACUCUGAAUUCCUUUGAGCUAGAAGAUUGGUGCAAUGUUUAGCCCAUAACUUUCAAACAUAAUUAGAGUACUUUCUGUAAAAAAUAGGUUACAAUUUUACAUUAUUAUCUCAUUGUAUAAUGUAAUAAUAGAACAAGCAAAGAAAAGUACAGUACCGUCAAACCGGCUAACUUGGGACAGUAGUCUAACUUGGGACAGUAGUCUAAAUUGGGACAAUUAAGCCUUUUCCCUCCAAUUCCAACUUACCAGCUGUCUGUGCAAUUCAUUCCGAGUUCUGGCAUUGUUGAUUUGUUGGGAACAAAUCAUUGAAAAUAUGUUUUGAACAUUUAAUUAACAGCUAAGAUACUUUUUUAACAGUAAUAACAAUCUACUAUUUCUAACCCAGAAAUUGAACCUUUAAUAACUUCUAUUGUGAACACUCAAUUAUUUUAUCAAUAAUUCAAUUAUUUCACAGUUGAAGUAUUUUUAUUAUGAAUAUGAAACCUAUUAUUCAAAAUCUAAUGUCGCAAGUUAGCCUUCAACCACUCAAUUGUCUCAUUACAGGCAAAUCAUAAUGGUGUCUCAAGUUACCCAACCUUUGCGGGUAACUUGGGACACCAUAUUUUUUUAUUUUUUUCAGAGCAGGUUGGAAUAAUAAUGAAAUUGAAUGUAUAUAAUUGAAGUAUUAUUGAAGAUCUAAGUUUUGAGCACAGGAGAAAUAAACUAUUAUAAUAAUAAUGGAAUUGAAUUCCAAGUCAAAGUUGAAAACUGUCCCAAGUUAGACUACUGUCCCAAGUUAGCCGGUUUGACGGUAACAUAUUAUUUUCUUGUUCAUACUUUCAAGUACCUAAUACCGUAUAAUUGAAAAAUUUAUCUUCAUGAAAAAUUUCCAUGAUCUAAUGUGUCUAUCUAGAAUCUCUUCCAUCCAUAACAAUUUAAUCCAUUUUCAUAGUUAGCAUUAGACUACACAUUGUUCUUAUUUAUCCAUUUUUGAAAAUAAUAGAUAUUAAACAAUGUACUGCAUUUUUGGUAAUUUACUUCGACAUAUGGUGCACUUGUGGUCAUGAAAAACCAACAGAAUCAUCAUUAUUAUACAAAUAACAAAUACAAGUUCAAUUAUUAUAAUUCUUAAUGUUUUGUUUGUGAUAUAAUAUCAGGCCUAAUUAUACACUUGUAUAUUGCAGAAUUUUUGGCGUAUUGCAGUACAUAGUAAUAAAAAAAUUAAGUCAUCAAUAUUGAUUACCCUAAUUCAAUUUUAUAGCAUUGAUUACAAAUAUUUCAUCACAAUAUUAUAUUCCAUAUCAAUAAAAUAAUGAUAAACUUAUAUAAUAUCAAUAUUGCAUAGGCUCAUUCAGAUUGAUAAAACAAAAAGACAAAAAAAAUAUUUUUAGAAAGUUAUUUCUAAAAGUUAGUUUUGGGAUAGUUGUAGAGAUUGGAUGAUAUUUUUGGUAUUUUCAAUGAGUGAUAGAUAAUAUAGUCAAUAAUUUGGGAUUACAUUUGGAUUUGAG